GUAACACUGUUCGAUCCCUUACUAAAAAUUUGACGUCUAACCUAAAAUCUAACCUAUAAAAUUAGCUAACUUUUAAGAUAAUUUUUUUCAAUUUUAAUACAACUAAAUCCAACAAAAUCAUAAAUGUUACAAAAUACUUCAAAGUGCUCCUCUUCGCGUUCGUUCCAUAACUAAUACAUUCCCCGACUGCCCUUUUUUUUAGGUAAUACAACUUCAACUCGUCAAAGAUGUCUUGGAUCAGAAACAACGAUUUGAAUUUGCUUCAAAAACUGUGCGUGAACGUGUUAAAAUGCGGCCCCGUGCCUCGUCACGUGGCCUUCAUUAUGGACGGCAACCGAAGGUACGCCAGGAAAACCAACGUACAGAAAGCCGAAGGCCAUUCCAAAGGCUUCGACAAACUAGCAGAAUGCCUGCAUUGGUGUCGCGAAUUGGGCAUCAAAGAGGUCACAGUAUACGCAUUUAGUAUAGAAAAUUUCAAACGUUCCAACGACGAGGUCGAAGCUUUGAUGCAACUAGCCAGGGAGAAAUUCCAGAAGUUAUUCGAGGAAAAAGAUAAAUUGAUGCAAGAGGGCGUGUGUAUUAGAGUAAUCGGCAAUUUGUGUUUACUGCCCGACGAUAUCAGAAAACUAAUAGCCGAAGCCAUGUUACUCACCAAGGACAACACGAGAUCGAUAUUGAACGUGGCGUUCUCUUACACGUCCAGAGAGGAAAUAACGCAAAGCAUCAGAAGCAUUGUAGAGGCGGUGCAAGAUAAGUCGAUCGAAGUAGGCGACGUUUCCGAAGAACUGAUCGCGAAUUGCCUGUACACUCACCUCAGCCCGGAUCCCGACAUUCUAAUCAGAACGUCCGGAGAAGUGCGAAUCAGCGAUUUUCUUCUGUGGCAAAUAUCCAACACGGAACUUUGCUUUACGAACGUACUGUGGCCCGAGUUUAACAUAUGGCAUCUGCUCGGCUUUGUGUUCAAGUAUCAACGGAGUCGCUGCUUACAAGACGUGUACAAGGCCAACAAGCCGCAGCCGAAUCGCAACCACAGAACGCAAUCGUUCGUUAAGUCGUUCGAACGGAAGAGGAUCCAGCAAUUGGAAUUGUACGCGAGGGCUUAGUUAAUAAAAUA